AUGUUCCUGCUGCCUGCUCUGUUGUUCAUUCUCUGGGGAGGAACAGGUCUGUGUCUGGAGGAGGACGGAGGGUUCCACUUCAAGGGAGACAUCCGCCACUACGCCGUAACCAAUGGCACGGUUUAUAUCGCAACUGAAGAGAUGCUGUACCAGCUGAGUCACGACCUGACUCUGGUCCAGAGUCUGACCCAGAGGGGGAUCUUGGAAGACGCUCUUCAGUCGUUUAACGCAACUUUCAGUGUUAACGUGUUGUUGCCGCUUGUUGCCGAUAACAAUCUGAUAACAUGUGGUUUGACCGAUAACGGGUGUGGUUACUGUGAGCUGCUGGACUUGAAGAACAUUUCCAACGUGCUGUACCGGGAACUCAUCCAGGUGGGGUCUCUGAGGCGCAGCAGCGCGUCCGUGAGUUUCCUGGUGAAUGUGGAGACUCAAACCCGGACAGAGACUUACAUUCUGGCUGCUGUUCAGCAACACAGAGUCGAACCGACAAAGGACAUCUGUCCCUCUGUGUCAGCGGCAGUGAGCCUUCAUAACACCAAUAACGAUCAGAUAGGACAAAUUUUUUCUAUUAGGAGCGAGGACAGAAAUCCUGAGAUCAAACUUGAGGGCGAUGCGGAGUUUGUGGAUGGAUUUCAGAUUAACUCCAUCAUUUAUCUCUUUUCUAAUCUGCCCUCAAAAUAUGAAAGAAACAAAGUCCGUCUGCUUUGGCUAGAUGGCAAAGGAGGUAAAGGUAGGACUGUUCGGUCGUUGCGGGGCGCGACCCUCAGUGUCUCUGAUGGAGGUGAAGACCGCAGACUGAUCGCCUCCUCGGUGAUCCCUGGCGGUCCGCCGGUGCUCUGGAGCGGUGUGUUCAGUGUGGGCGAAGGACAAACAAACACCGAGCUGGUGGUGUUUGACAUCAGUCCUGAUCUUAGAGGAAGGACCGAUGUGGACCCGGACUUCUGCUUUGACUGUGUUGCCAGGAACAGACCAACGGUGGGUGGUCGUCAAAUUAUGUUGCUUUAAUGAGCACUUGUGUCCACAUCCAUCUUUACCUCAAACAUAUCAUUUGUUUAAGAGUUGAUUCAACUUUAAAACAGCUCUCUAAAAGAAAACAAGAUUAUAUUAUUUGGAUAAAGAGUCUUCUUUUCUCCCAGGGAGGUUUUGCCUCAAUUCUAAAAUUGUUUACAAUUAGUAGAAAAUCAAAAGUAUUUAAACUAGUUCAAAGUGCAGUCUUGUCUCCCCUGACAGCUUUAUAUAUAUAUAUAUAUAUAUAUAUAUAUAUAUAUAUAUAUAUAUAUAUAUAUAUAGCAGUGGCGGCUGCUGGUCUUUCAAUGAGGGGAAGCUCAUUUUUCUGGCCUACAUCAUAAUUGUAUUUGUUUAUUAGUAUGUAACAGAACAGAGUCGCCAAACACAACGGCAGUCGUUUUUAAUAAAGACAGAAGUCGCUGAGGAUCGGUAAAGUCUCCGGAGCAGUUAAGAACAACGGAAUGAAUGACUUGGAAAAUGCUCUGGUAGAUGUUUUAUUCUUCAAGAUCGCUGAUUCGCUUGUUUAGCUGUCAAUCAAAAAAGGAUUUCGCCUCAGACAGCUCAUCCAAUCAUGGAUGCAGAAGCUUGGAGUCCGGGAGAAAGUCGGGACCGCCCUCUCGCCAUAGAACUCCAGUGAAGCUAAGCUUCCGAUGGGCGGGACAAAGCCCAGCAUUUAUCCAAUGAGCGUCUAGUUUCGCUGCUGGAACAACCCAGUUUUAACUUCCACAUUGAAGUCAGCAGAAGCCCAGCGUCCGGCUGUUUAAAGCGCUGAGGCGCUGCGAGGAUGAAUGAGAACGAAGUUAUGCCGGUAACCUGUAAUUAUCAGCUUCUUAUCACAGUGUCUGAACAAAAGAUGAAGGCUCUCUAGUGCAUAUUUAGUUAAUGAAAUGUACACACAGCAGUACGUAUUUCACCACUUUUUCUUUUUUUUGGGGGGUGACAUUUAAAGGGAAGCCGAGCUUCCCUUGCAGUCUUAGAGCAAUCGCCACUGAUAUAUAUAUAUAUAUAUAUGUAUAUAUAUAUAUAUAUAUAUAUAUAUAUAUAUAUAUAUAUGUUUUUGUUUUGUUUUAGGAACUAAGUUUUACUAACUGAAGCUGAACUUAUUAAACAAUCAAUUCAGUUCAUGAAGUUCAAUAAAAGAUAAUGAGUCAGUUUAUGAAGCAGGUUUAGAGUUGGAGCCAAAGUAUAAUUCAUCACCUUUACAUCUGUACUUAUACAAUCAAAACAAAAAUUUGGCGUCUAAUUAUGAAUUUAUUGUUUCUCAGCCAAAUAUUCUGAAGCCAAAGGCAGUGAUCUUCAGGCAGAACUACAUGACCUCUGUGCUGGCAGUGAGACAAAAGGCCUGGAUAGUUUUCUUCAUCGGGACAGGAGAUGGACAGCUUAUUAAGGUGAGUGUACAAAGGGACAUGCAGCAUGGGAACAGCUGCUUUGAAAGUAGGCUUAGUAGGCUACCUUGAAGUAAUAACCACUUUACAGCAGUAGGCUUUUCAUUCUCUUAACUAAAAUUAUGGUGAUGAAUGCUCGUCAGCGACCGCUCUUUUCCACACCAUUUAUUUUUUGGUUUGAACAUUAUUGUUGCUGUCUGAAAGUCAUUCAAAUCAAAAAGUUUUAAUGUUUUUAAAUGUAGGAAUAAUAGAUUUGCAUCGUCCUGAUACGCAGCGUUGUGUGUGAGUAUAUGAUCAUGACUUUUUAUUAGAUGAAACCAGUGACAUAAAACCUGUUUUGCUUUGUAAAACGCUGCAACAGAGUCCUCAAUGUUACAUAAAUAAUAAGUGAUAAUAAGUGAUUCUCAUAGGACGGUGUGCAUAUUUUGUACAGCUGUUCAGCUAAUUUGAGGGCCAGUCAGGCAGCUGCACGGGCUGAAAAUUUCUGAAACAUUUCCUGCUCUCAGUAAUUCAAAACAUGGUGUUAAUUUUAAAGACACUUCUUUUAUCACAUUAUGGACAAUAUCUUUGAACUUUUUCAUAUUCAGUUUUAUGGUGAAAAUUUAGCUAAAAGAAAUUUAUGUCAAAUUUAACUGUUAAAUAUUAAAUCCAAACACUGAGAACACAUCUUACUUGGCUUAAAGUAUAUUUUUAAAGCACGAAUAAUGAGCUACAAGUGUGCAUUUAAAACAGCUGAUUAUUGUACAAAAUGAUCUGUCAUAGCAUAAUAGUAAAUGACUAGUUACUUUUUGCCGUGCACUGGACUUGAAUUACCAUCUGGACCUUUUCCUAUUGGAAGUGUGCAGGAAACUCACCUUUAUGACACUGAAAACACACAGAGAUAGAACAGGCAUAUAAAGAAUCAUAAAAAGUAAAAGUACUUUUAAAGCAGUGCAAGCAUAAUACGGUUCAAAAUGGUUUCAGUUGAUCCAUGAGAGCAGGAAUACAUUUAAGUAUAUUGAAAAAGCUCAAAGCUGAACUUCAGCCUUUCUUUAAGAAUGUUUAACAUACUAAAAGUUUUCUAAAGGAACACACCCAAUAUGCACCUAGUUUAACACAAAAAGAAUGUGUCCGGUCCACCAGGAGUUAAAUGAACUCAAGCAUACUUUUUGUUCACCUCAGCAAUGAUCAUGUAGCUUUCAGUCUAGUUCAUUGCAGUCAGCCACAAUCAUGGUGGGGGAGGUUGUCGAUGUCGCACCUUCACCGUGGAAGGUACGCCACAGAAGAUAGUUGCUGACAAGGCGGACUGUUCUCACAGCUCUAUAAAUAGUGUAUCAGUGGAAAGUCAAGUGUGAUAUAGUUGUGCAACAGAUAUGGCCAUCUAUGUCCAGAGUCCUUCAAAAAAAAUGUAAGUCAGAUGUUGUAUCUCAUUUGGGGAUCAAGAUCCUUGAGUCUGAAGGAAGAGUGGGGAAACACAGAAUCUAAACAAAUCGAAGUCCAGCAUCAAGUUUCUGCUGUCUGUGAUAAUUUGUGGUGCAAUCCCUCACCAAAAGAAGUAUGUUGAAGUGUACUUCAAGUAUACUCUUUUUAAACUUAGUAUGCUUUCAGUUUACUUUUGAUGGACUUUUCAAAGAUAUCCUUAACAGUUAAUGUUAAGUAUACUUGGCUUGUACUAAGAAUUAUACGAAGUACAUAAAAGAUAUAAAUAAAUAAAGGUAUGCUUCAGAGUGUACAUUUAUAAACUAAAAAGGGGACUAGAGGUUUAUUACUGGUAAACUAAUAGUUUACCAGGAAGUUUACAUUAAUUAUGCUUCAAAUGUACUUAUAUAAACUAUAUUGGGCCAAUUUAGUCCCAAGAAUUUUACUUAUUACACUGGUACACUGGUACACUGGUAGUAUAUUUGUAUCAGUGUACAAAGUAUACUUUGGGAAGUAUACUAGAAUGAACUUCAGUAUACUUCAUAAAAUAUACUUGAGGUGUACUUUUUUUUGGUAAGGGAUGUUAUCUGUUACUGUUAACUUACUGUGUUUUAUCAACUCCAAAGUCAACUAAACAGUCUACCAGGAGAUUGUAGAGCAUUUCAUGCUUCCAUCUUCCAUCAAGUACCUCAUAAAACUGCACUUCAAAACAGUUUAUUGAGUGUUGUUACAAGGAAAGGUGAUGUAACACAGUGGUAAACAUGCCCCUGUCCCAACUACUUUGGCACAUGUUGCAGCCAUGAAAUUCAGUGGAGGCUCUUGAAUACCACAGACUCAAGUGUUGCUAAAUAUGUGUGUAGCUACUCAGUCUCUGAGAAACAUAACGAAACCGCGUUUUUGUUUUCAGCUUGCUGUGGACAAGAACUACCAGACCAUCUGUCCAAAGGUGCUCUACAAAACCAGUGAUGACCGUCAAGUGUUUUCAAAACUACGUCUGGAUCAGGUGGAUCUGAAACAUGUGUAUGUGCCAUUUCAAAACCAGGUAAUGUUGUAUUUAUAUAUCAAACAAAAGAUGUGAUGAAAAUUGAAAUACAUGAAGAUAUUCUGGCUUUUUUUUUUUUUGCUAAUCUUUAACACAUGUUUUCUGUAUUUUAAAUUAUUGCCACAUUGAUUUUAUUUAUUUAGAUCAAUCGUGUUCCUGUGUCAAAGUGCAGCACAUAUAAAACUGUGCAGGAUUGUUUGUCUGCACAGGAUCCAUACUGUGUCUGGUGUGGCCCUGAAAGAAGGUUAGAAACAUCAUCUGCAGUGAACAUCAGUGAAGGAAUUUAAAACUUGGAUUAGACUUACCUUUUUUCUUCUCCUAGCUGUACAUUUGAAGAAAACUGCCAAGGCUCAGACUGGUUGUCCAUUCCUGAUGAUUCUCAGCACAAAAUGGUUUCCUAUCAAGUUACACAGGACCAGACUGGACAGGUAGAGAUUAGGGUUAAGUUCUGAGUUAUGAUGAGUUGUGGCACUCUGAUAGUAUAUUAUUUAUUUACUCCUAUCUGGAUAUGUUUCAGAACACACUUAACAUCCAGGUGCAUGUGACUGGAGGUGAAAUGGCGCUCUCUAACUUUGCCUGUCACUUCUCUACAAGUUCCACUGAGCGCUUUAAAAUGGAAAACCCGCGUCCACAGUUUCCACAUUGUUCUUCCACCCUUGAAGCAAGCACACUUCCUGCUGGAGGUCAAUCAUUUAUGAUGGAUAAUAUAUAAUAUGAUAACAUUUUAAAAAUGUAUAAUUGUUAUAUUUAGUAUAUAUUUUUUUAUUAAAAAAGGACUGCCUAUUGUUGUAAAGAUCAGACUUGGUUCAUCACAGUUGAUUGAGAGGCUGAACCUGCUCAACUGUACGGACAUCAGCGGACCAUCAACACCUGUCCAGUAAGUCCUCCACUGUUUUCUACUAAUCUAAAGUCCUUAUUUUGACCAGACUGGGAGAGCUAUCAAGAGAACAAAAUCUGGUUCCAUGUAAUACAAGGUGCAAAACGAAUACAGACGGUUACCACUCUACCCCUCCAUACACUCUCACACUCUCACACUCUCUCUCUCUCUCUCUCUCUCUCACACACACACACACAUACACACACACACACACACACACACACACACACACUCUCUCACACUCUCUCACACACACACAAACUUUAUUGUGUUUUCAUUUUUAAUUUUGUGGAUUGCAGUGUUUCCCCUCUUUCUUUAAUUGUAUUCUUACUUGUUGACCACAUGUCUGCGUUGCUAUCUUAUUUUAUCUCAUAAUAAUAGAUAAAAUCUUAACCUUAUUUGUAAAGUACCUUUAAAAACAAAUGCUUACAAGGUGUUCCCAUCUGUGAUGAGACCAAUUAGGAAUCAUUCAUUCAUUCAAAGUUUUCUCAGAGUUUAUCAGCACAUGAACACAGGAGAUAUCUUUUGACAUCCCGCGUGAAAGUCCACCGAGUAGUUCACUAAGAUUUCCAACUCAAAAAAUUGAACUUUUACUCAACCAAAUGAUGAUGCUGCUGCUCAAAAACUUCAUGUAAACUCUUCAUGUAAAAACUGUUUUGCUUUCAGGUGUCAAAAGUGUAUUAAUGCUGGAUGUGCCUGGAACACAAGCGGCUGCUUUUGGGCAAAUCAAGGCGUCAGGAAUGUAAUUAUGCAUGUUUUUAUUCACUGGUAUAAAAAUGGCUUUUACUUGGUUUAGAUAAAAUGCCACUUUUAUGACUAUUUUUCUUUCAAGCUGCUGAACUUACUCCUCACUGCUCUUUCUGCAGGACAGUGUUUGCCAAAUGAUGGAGUCAUCGAUGGACUUCCCUGUGAGUCCACCAUUUUUGCUUUGCAGGCCUCAAUUACCUUCAGUAUAUCCAAAUAUUUGCAGAUUGUAGUGUAUAAAAUCUAAAUAAAACUGUUACCUUUUGUUGGUUUGACUGUCAGAGACCACAGAUCUCCUCCAUCACUCCCAGUGUUGUGUCUUUCCACGGCAAAAACCACGCAGUGUUGUCUGGUCGUAACCUUAGUUCUGUGAUCAGAGUAAGAAUCCAGGCAGACCUGGAAUGCACACAACAGGAGUAAGUCAGUUUAUGGGUAUACUAAAACGCUGGACUCCAAUAACUGAAUUUGACAUAUUUUAAAAUAUUCUUUGUCCAGAAAAGUAAAUUGUAAUCUCUGUGAAUCUCACCGCAUAAGUUUCUCUUUGUCUCACUCUGUGCACUCUGGUUAGGUCUCCUGUUUGGAGCAACACUGGUGAAACUCUGAUGUUCCACAUACCCAGUGCAAAAUUUAAAGGUGUGGCCAAAGUAUGUGCUCUUCUCCCAGAUGGUAGUUGCCAUGGUAACACAUUUAUCACCUAUCGCUCAGCACCAUCCUGCCCCAGCAUUUCACCUGAAAGCACCUGGUUCAGGUAUGACUGUUUUAGGACUAUAGAAACUAUAGAAAUAUUAACAUAUAGACUUGGAUAAACUAGACUUUACUUAGGAUAAGACUGAUGGAGUUUAGUGACAAAAAAAAACAACCUUUGCAAUGACUUGGCAUGGAGGCAGUGCAGAUUCUGCUUUAGUAAUACCUGUUGAAACAAAAGAAAAGUAACCAAGCAAACAUAACUGAGGAGAUUCUGGGAGGGGCUGAUCCCACUACAGAGGCCUUUUUAUAUUUUCAUAUGAAACAUUGUACAGGUGCAAGAACAAACAUUUCAAGUUGAUCAGACCAGGUGAAAGUUUUUAGGAUCUGCUGCUGGUCUGAUCUGGUCUGAUGACUGCCAGAGGUCUUAGUAAUCAAUGGGAAUCUUUGAGGUGCAAGAAGACUCUGUGAGAACAAAUACUCAGAUGACACCCCUAGUCAUACCUGACGUUACAUCUGUAGCUCUUUUCUUUAGGGCAAUGAAUGAAUGAAUUACACUGUUAUUUGCAUUUGUAGGUAAUCCUGAUAUUGAAGUGUUAGCCACUGUUGUAUGUUUAACACAAAAUUCAUUCUCUGAUAUCCAGAGUGUGAAAAUGUUUGUUUUUGUUUGAUUGUAUGCUGCUAUGUGUACUGUAGUGGGAAAAGAAAGAUCACGAUCAGUGGAUCUCACCUGGAGUUUGUAGAAGCGGUCAUACACAGCAAAGUCCUGCAGGAGGUCAGACUGGCAGGAAACGACAAUAACCAGGUGAAUCUAUGGAAACAGACAAUGUCCCGUCAUACUUUGAUAACCAUAACAUGCUGCACUUUUGUACAUUUACAAAUUUUACAAGUUUGAGCAUUAGCAUCAACAUUAGCCUAUCAGAGACAGCAGUUAGAGAGCCUCAUGGCAGUUUUUUCUCGAGAAUUUAACAUUAAAUAAAAUAAUAUUCAGAAGUCAAACACGAGCAGAAAGAAAAAGGCAUAAACUGGCAUAAACUGCAGUCUGUGGUGAGAGUAGCACAACAUGGAGUCUCAUAUGAAAUCAGAGAGCCUCCAUCUAGCGGUGCUAGUCGGUACUGCUGUAACAUUACAUUUAAAAGACUGUUCCUGCAGGCCUGAGGUCAUAUCAGGGCUUGUACAACAAAUAUAACAGAACAUAUGUCUAUUAUUCAUGCCUCAGAAAUUUUUGACGCAAAGAGAAAUUGUCUUUAACGCAUCAACUUUGACAGUCCCAGUUUCCAUAGUUUAUAUAGUGACAUGACUGCAGGUUCGCUGAGUUUACAAGCUCCACAAUGUCAUAUCAUGAAACACUAUAAAGACUUUACAGUGAUUGUAACACAGAAUUGUUUUUACAGGGGCUAAAGACUCUCACCUACGACUCACCUGCAGCUGAAAAUGCUCAUGCGGCUUUUUCCAGCACUCUGACCCUGAAAGUAGCCAAUGAGAGCUUGAUCUGUCCCACAUAAAUAACCUACUACCCAGACCCUGAGUUUACAAGCUUCACGUCCACAAAAGCAGGAGACAGUGUCCACAUCACUAUACAGGUACACUUUAAGCACACAUGUACAAAUAUAGGACAUGAAUGCAUAAAUGAUCAGCAUUUGUCUAUGUUUUGAUUUCAGAAAAAGGAAGAUAAACUGGAGAUGACCAAAGCAGAGUUGUCUGUGUGGGGUGUUCAUGAGGGAAAGAAGUACCCCUGCAUCAUGACAAAUAUGCCUUAG